GUCGAUUAGAUCCGGGGUUUAGCAUAUUGCUACAGUAGUUAAGCCUGUCUCAACUUCCCCGGUUUCCAUUUCCACUUCUUCACCCCCGCAACUUUCAUUUCCAACUUUUCACCCUCCUCGGUUUCGUUGACUAUCCUGCACAAUUGUGAUUUCGGAUAAAAGCCAAAUGGAAAAGUCAGGAGUCGGAUGGCGCAACGCCAGCGAUAAUUUAAGCUUAGGACAUUGAUGGCAGCAAGCAGUGAUGAUGCCGUGGGCAGUCGACGGAGGAGAACACUGCGCCAGUGCAUGACAUGCGGGCGUACAUUCUUCAAAGCCGACCAUCUCGAGAGACAUAUCAGGUCUCAUACGAAGGAGAAACCCUUCAGAUGUGUCAAGUGCGGAAAGAGAUAUGGUCGUCAUGACACAUUGCUACGACAUGAGAGAGAUCAUCCAGAGAAUGUCUCAGACGCGGAGACCUCCUGCUCACAACUAUUCAGUACCACCAUAGUGACCCCAACAAGCGACAAGGUCACGGAAGCCUCUGGUGUUGAACAUGUUACUGUUGAUAUCUCAGCCACAGGGCAUAAUUCUACAUCCAAACAGACCGAGGAUUUAAUCGUCAACUUCGGCACGGUCGCUUCAAUGGACAUGACUUCUCUGGAAUACAAUAGCGAUAGGCCAGGCUUCCGACCUAUUCAGCCGCAACCCAACGUCUCCAAUGGGGAAUAUCCCAGCUACAACGCCAACCAAGUCGAUGGCAGCUUUGACCUCGGAUUGGAUGCUAUGGACUUCGAAGCUCAAUUUCCAUCCUGGAUGGUUGACAUUGACCUUAAUGCUGGAAAUCUCGAUACGCCGCUGGUUAUGACCAUGGCUGAACUGAGACCUGGCUGGCUGGACAGCCCAUUAGCUUCGCAUGGCGUUUCUACCUACAAGCCAAGUCAGAAUAUGCAACGCCUCUGGUUUACCGCCCCUGAUGAGUCUCACGAAGAAUUUCCACCUUCAGGCCCAGCGACACCUCUCACAACCCAAGCCGAUCAAGUCGUAGUUGACGAUUCCUAUCGGCAGACUCUGCAUCAGAGCUUGCAAAUCCGAUCAAUGGACCAAAAUCUGUCGUCGGCUCUUCCUUCGACAGACUUUCUGAACCUCUGUGUCAGGUCAUAUUUUGCACGCUUUCACCCUGUCUUCCCAGUGGUGCAUGCUCCAACCUUUCGUCCAUCCAAGGCCAACUCGAUGGUGCUUUUGUCCAUAUGCUCGGUUGGCAGUCUUUUUACGGGGUCGAGCCAUGCCAUUCGGCAAGGCGUCCAAAUUUUUGAGCGGUUGCAUAAGGCUGUUCUGGCGAACUGGGACCGCCUGAUUGCUCGUGGCAAGGAUGAGAAAAUCUCGUUGAUCCAAACAGCCAUCAUCGGACAGACUUUCGGUCUGCUCUCUGGGGAACCGAAACAUCUAGCUAUCGUUGACGCUUUCAACGGGACAUUGAUAUCAUGGGCGCGACGACUGUCAACAUUCAAGACGAGGAAGUUGAAAGGACUGAGUCUGGAUCUCCUUCCAACAGACCUGGAGAAAUGCUGGCGUGAAUGGGCAAAGAACGAAGAGCUCAUCAGGAUCGCGCUUGCAGUGCAUAUUCAUGACGCUGAACUUGCGAGCAUCUUCCACCAUGAGCCCUUCCUCCGUCACAACUCUCGACAACUUCCUGUGGCCGCUUCACAUGAAAUGUUUUCGGCUGCACGACCGGACGAAUGGCGUCAGGCGUAUCUGAACGAUCCUAGCAAUUUCGAAAGUGAGGAAAUGACUCCUGCGUCAAUUGACGCACACAUUGACUUCGACAUUUCAUCGACACCGAGAAAUAGCUGCUUUACAGCAUACACCAUCCUGGAAGGUAUCUGCGUGAAUAUCGUUGAGUGCAGGAUAGAUGGUCGUUCAUCUUUGGCAACAAUUGAGGAGAUAUCCGAACUCCUGACAACAUUCUAUGGCCAUUUCAUGCAGGCGACAGCCUCUUUGACCGCCGAUCAUAUGGAUAUGACCAUUCUGUGGCACCUGGCCUAUAUUUCUAUCAGUGCCGAUUUCGAUCUACUCGAGAGGGCGAUCGGCCGUGAGGGAUCCGACUUGUCACCUGAGGACCAGUUGGCCGUCAGGAAUUGGGCCAACUCGGACCAAGCUAAGCGAUGUGUCAUACAUGGAUCACUCGUCCAGAAGAAACUCGAGAACCUGCCUCUCGGUUCUGAACCCGCUAUUCAUGUCCCGAGGGCAAUGUUCCGAGCGGGCAUUGCGUGGUUCUGUUACACCCGCUUCGGCAUCGAGACGGGUGUCAACAAGGCACUUGCCGCCGAAAAUCUUGAAUUUCCCGAGUUCAAGCUCCUUGGGGUUAAUCCUGCCUUGUUGUUGUUUCAGGCAAAUGGGUACAAACAUGGAAGACCCACAGCUGCGGAGGUGAACGCGGCUCUUUGCGGACUGACAGACCUGUUGAGACGUAUUGGUCACUGGGAGAUUGCACGAAGGUUUGCUGCUAUCCUCGGAGCACUCUUGCACGAUGAGGCGGGUUGAAAGACCACAAUUUCGCGUUUUCAA